AUGCAUGUUGAUGUAAUAAACACAUGGUUUGUGCUGCUGCUGUUACUUCAUUAUUCGCAGAAUAUUUCUGCGGAAUGUACAGUUAAGCAAAGAGAUUCCAAACUGAGCCUCAGCCCACUAGUACAAUUCUACGGUAUAGACCCUAGCAGUGGUAUUGCGAAACAUGUAUUUCUUUCGACGGCGAGUGCUUUUGAUGGAUUGACAGUCGAUUUACUAAACUAUACGCUGUCAGCAGAUGCUGGCCUCCUUGCUGACAGCAGCAGUUGUCCAGCCGACUGCUUGACGACCUUAACAGCGUACAUGAGCGAAAAAGAGAGGAUGGUAGUGAUGUUGCGCCCAGUUGAUGUAGCGAAUUUUCCUGGUUAUUACAACAUGGACAUUGGUGUGAUAUAUUGCACGACGGCUGCUGGAUACUGUGGUGCAGAUGCUCCCCUUUACCUCUACUACUCUGCUACCUUGAAAGACUAUUACAUUGGACUUGCAUCUGAAAGCCGCUCAAAGUAUUCUGUCCAGAACUCAGGGAAACCGCAUUGCUUUGUAUGGUCGAACAGUUAUACAACGACAACGACGGCUUCUUCAACCACCUUACUGACUAUUAUUAGCACUUCCACAACUGCGGCCACAACUGUGGCAUCCUCCAUCAUCACCAAUGGCUCAAAUACA